GUUCGAGACCGGAUGGUGGGAGAAUCAAGCAGCGCUUCACUACGGAAAGGUCAUUUUGUGGUCCUCCGCAGCAAGCACGCUACCGCCUUGGUGGAUUCAUCCUACUGCCCUUUGAGACCUCCAAGCUCAUCGACCCUCAAACGCCGCAACUCUCUCGCGCCGCCAAGGCCUUCGAGGAUAUCGCUGCUGGGCAAGCAGGUGUCAAGCCAGCCGACUGGAUGAGCAAGCUCUCCGCCGAGACGAUCCGUCAGGCAGCGCAAGGUGCGUACAAGAUGGCCACGCCUUUCGCCCUGGAGCUCGUGACGGUCCUCAACAUGGGCCUCGUCGACGUCAUCAAGGACGGGGAGUACUGGGAGGCGAGGCAGGGGUCAUCGGCAAACAGCAAGCUGAGCAUGGAUGCGUCUGCUGAGGUGAUGACGGCCGGUGUGGUCUACCUACGGGUCGAGAUCAUCAGCGGCAGGCUGGCGGGCAUCUACGUCGGACGCACGGGCUGGGCUUGGUUUCGCCUCACCGAGCACAUCGCAACGAUCCUGUUCGAUUACCUCAAAGAUUCCCAGUAUGCCUACCAGACGGCGAGGGCGGCGGACGUGGUCUUGACUUUCAAUCUCUUCGAGGACAAGACCGCGGAUAGGCACGACGCUGCAGCCUGGCCUACACGGGCGAUCAUCGAGGCAAUUUGGGCCCUCCUCCUCGGCUCAUACGACCGCAACGAGGAGUGUUGCUUAGUCAGGCGCCGCUACGGCCUGGUUGAGCUGGGAGAAGCUGUGCGUCGGUGCAACGGAACGCGCUGCUUCGAAGCGCCCGAAACGGGAAUGCGCACGAUGGCCUUGCACAACGUCCAAAGGAGGCUCCAGCUGUACCUCCAUCAGAUCCGUACGGCCGUCCCCAGCGCCAAUGGCCGCAAGCACGCCCAUUUUCUUGUGCUUUACCAGAUAGGCCAAGACGUGCGAUGCGGACUGACUGGUCUUUUGCUGGCAAGCGGCGCGUACAUCAACGUCAACACGACCGGCCAGAAUCCGUUCCUCUUCCCGAUCGGAGGCAGGGGACGAAGGCAGGAUGUCGCGAGGCUGAGAGACAUCGCAAAGUCGGGCAGGUGGUCGUUCCGGCUGGUCGAGGGUGGCGAGACGUCUCUGCUGAGCAUGGGCCCAGUUGACAUGGCGCUUUACGGCAAACUGGCCCUGAUUGGAUCCUCGGCAGACAAGAAGCGAUAUGGCGACGAGGAGGUCGUCUUCUACUUCGACGCUGCUCCGAUGGCCGUAGAGACGAGGCUUUUCUGGGAGCAAGUGCUGCUGAUGCUCCCCGCCGAGAGCGCCGCUCACCGUCGUCGCGCUCAUCGCGAGGCGGCCGAUGCCGUCAUCGCACGUCGAGCUGCCGACCAUCACGCGCUCGACAUCAGGGUCAGGCUGGCAUGGGACGGCCUGUUGACCAUGAGCACAGUCUCUGGCAACAUCAGCCUCUUUGACGUGGUCGUGCCCACGCUGCGAGGCGGCGGCGGCGGCGGCCGCAGCGACACUGUGGUCACUCGUAGGCGGUCGAUGCUCGGAGCGCUCCAGCAGGCUACAGGCGUCGGGCAGGGGGUGUCAGGGCGGGGUACGACGGCUGCUGUGCCGCUACAGCUGGAUGUAUGGGGCACAGGCGCAACAUCGGGCAUCGAAGGCGGGCGCAGCAACUGGACGUGGCGGGUCUUUGCCGCUGACCGCCACGAAUGGGUCGACCAGCCGUAUCAGAUGGAGGUGUCCGGACUGGCAGUUGCGGUGCAGACCGAACCGCUCUUCCGCGUCUUCGGAGAUCUGGAGCGGGUCUACGGCAGCGAUCCCGCCCGUGCACCGACGCUCGCCUUCUUCCGCAGCAUCCUUCGCCCGAUCACGCUCACCAGCCCCGACCCUUUGCCCAACAAAGACGACGGCUACGGCAAAGCUUCCGUCACUUGGAAGCACGCGAAGGCCGGUGGAGCAGGCACGGAGACAUUCAAGCUCGCAUUCGACGAAUCUGGGGUCUGCACAAUCUUCGCCAAUCAGCGACGCAGAGGGCGACAUCAUGUGGGCAUCCUGGACGGCUGUCCGGACGGACGAGGCUCGCAACUUCUUCUCCGACCAUAGGGCAGCGCUUGCUCAUGUCAACUCGUGGAUCCCUCGAGCUGCCCAGGAGUCGACCUCGCUCUCCUCACAGCCCUCUUUGCCUCCCUCUCAGCAACGACUCCGGAU